AUGGCCUUCCAACAAUUUCCAACAUGGCCAGAAACCGCGGCGGAUUCCGAAGACCCCUACAGAUAUCAGGUUGGAUUUGGAAACCACCAUUCCACAGAAGCAAUACCGGGUGCCCUUCCUCCACACGGUACCAACCUCCCCCAGAAAAGCAGAUAUGGACUCUACGCUGAGCUUCUGAACGGCACCUCUUUCAUGUCAACAAAAAGCACAGCUGCCAACGUAUGGAUGUACCGUGGAAAGCCAGCAGCAGCCCGUCACCCGCCAUCACAGGUGGAAGAGAUUCUCCAUCUGGAGUCAUGCUUUCUACCCACGAACUCGAAUGUCGCCUUCACGCCGCUUCCAUAUACGUGGGGUCCUCUAAAAAGCAAUGAAUCGUCGAACUCGGCCACGAACCGCAGGGUCACCUUUGUUCAAGGCUUGAGAACUAUGGGGGGCCAUGGUGACGCCACGCUCAAAGAGGGUCUGGCAGUUCAUCAGUACGAGUUCAACAUGAAUAUGGAGCGUGAGGCCUUUGUUAACCACGACGGCGAGCUUCUGGUUGUACCACAACAAGGGACACUGAAUGUCAAGACCGAGCUGGGCAGCCUCUUGGUCAAGCCCGGCUCCAUUGUGGUCCUGCCUGCAGGAAUUCGAUUUUCGGUCGAAAUCUUCCGUCCAGCCGGGGAUCAGUGGUCAGAAAUCAAAGCCUCCGGCUACGCGUUGGAGGUUUUUGGGACUCGAUACGCAUUACCCGAUCUGGGUGUGUUGGGCGCAAACGGCCUGGCGCAUGAUCGAGACUUUGAAUAUCCAGUCGCACGGUUUGACCUCGACCCGGACGAGGACACCAGUUCAUUUUGUGUCACCGUCAAGUUGGCCGGAAGACUGUUCUCUUACACACAGCCACACACGCCGUUUGACGUGGUGGCAUGGCAUGGGAAAUAUGCGCCAUAUCGGUACGACUUGUCACGAUUUUGUCAUUUGACGGCGAACACCGAUCAACUAGAUCCAACCUCGUAUUGUGUCCUGACUGCUCCAAGCAAGUGGCCGGCUGCAAGCUUGGUGGACUUUUGCGUCUUUGGGGACAAGUGGGCAGUCUCUAGGAACACGCUCCGAAUACCCUACUAUCACCGCAACAUCGCUACGGAACUAUGCGGUGUCAUUCAUGGCCAGUACAAAGGCAGUGUCAGGCCACUGGAGGCCGGCGGUUUGAGCUUCGAACAGAGCUACAUGCCUCAUGGGGAGACCUAUGAAGCAUAUACACAAGCUAGUGAGGCCGCCAACGACCCCACGAAGCUCGAAGGGUCUCUGUUUGAACGGCCUGGCAUUUGGGCUUCCGUGCAGAACCACUUUGUCCAUCACCUCAAACACGCAGAUGUAUCAUGGUCGGAUGCCACCGACCAGCACAUCCCGACUCCGCCCAAGAGCCCGAAUGGCCGUGUUUAA